AUGAAAUAAGAUAGUAUAUUUAAAAACAUUUCUGUUGGAAUGACGCUGUUCUUGAAGGAAUUCAAGCCAAAAGAAGUUACAGUUUCUCUGGCAUACAAAGAAUCAAGCGAACAGAUAUUUAAGAUUGUGAAUCAAACCCUUAUAAUGGAAAAGGAAAAUGAUUAUUGGAAAUCCUCAUUUUAGGCUAACUUUGAUUUUAAAAAGUUUCAAAGCUAUAGGAUAGAUGUGAGCCUUGACAAAAAAGCUUCCAUUGGAUCAAUAUAUGUAACAUAAUAUAGAAUAUUUAGUUUUCACUGGGGGAAUUAUUGUAGAAAGGAACCCAAGUCAAAGAAAAUAAUCAUUAUUCAAUAUAAUUAUAAUCAUAAUUGAUAUAGCAAGGGAACUUAGUAUACCAGCAUUGGGCAGGAAUCAAGCUGCUAAACACAGAUGGAUUAUUCGGUCGUUCAGAUCCAUUCUUGUAUUUUUAUUAAUGGGAUGGAGAAUAAUGGAAUCAAAUCCAUUAGACAGAAUAUAUUGAAAGUAACUUAAAUCCAACUUGGAUGCCAUUCUAAUUAGAUAUGGGCUUGAUGAAUUUUUAAGAUGAAUCCAAGAAUUUUAAAAUAGAAUGUUGGGAUCAUUCUAAAAAGAAUCCCCCAAAACAUAAAUUUAUAGGAAGCUUAGAAAUUUCUAUUUCUGACAUAAUGGCUUCUCAGUCAAAAACCUUUUCAUUAUACAACCACAAUCAUGUAAAUGACUAUAUUAAAAUACUAGGCCUCUUGUGGUUCGUUAAAAUUGCUAUCAUUUUAAAUUAAUCAAAAUAGAAAUUUUUUAAGUUAGAUUGCAAAAACUCGAAUAUAAACUAAUAUUUUUUUUGAAUUCACCUAGAACUCAAACUAAUUACAUCACAUAUCUCACUAAUAAUUAAACAUUUUUUAGCAGUUCCUGACAUUAAUUGGAUCAUAGCUAUUUUAAUACAAUCAAACAAAUUCAGGGAAGCUCUUUGGUUUUGGUGGUACCCAUCAGCAAACCCUCAAAGAUUAGUAUAAUUGUUUAAGUUAUUAAAGCUUUGAGAUUUCCAAAGACUCAAAUGGAAUUCAAGAAAUUUGUGCUGAUUACACUAAAACUAAAAAGGAGAUUGAAUUUGGUACUAAAGUUUAAGUAACUCCUGCGUUAUUUGAGGUAGUUAAAUAAUCCGAACUAUUCAAACCUAAUUUCACAGUUGGACUAUUACUAAUAUUAGAGGAAAUUGCAGACGCUGAAAAGUUAAAGCUAUUUUUAAGUCAUAGUAAACAUCUAAUAUAAUUAAAUUAGAACUAAUUUUACCAACAAUUAUGAUAAUUGUUACACUCAAAGAGAAUGCCAAUCAAUUAUCUUCAAUCAUUAAAAACUAGAACAAUAUGAAUAAGGUGAGACUCUGUUCCAUGAAGGAGAAUGAGAAGAACAGCAUUCAAAUAUUAAGAGAGGAGAUAUUUACAAUAAUUGAAUCGGAAAUUAGAGAGUUUUACAAUGUAAAUCUUUGA